AUUGGUGUCUCUUGCCUUCAAUACAAGCAAUAACAAUAUAAAAAAGUGCUCCUUUUAAUAAAAUGUGAAUAAUAGUUUACAAUAUUGAUUUAAAUACUCGAAACGUGAUGCAGUCAUAAAUAUGCUGAUACAUUCAGAAUGGAUCCAAACGGCAACGGAAAGAGAGGUUUACCAAGACUCAGAGAAAUCAUCAGACGUCAACGACAGGAUUCAGAUGGUGGUUGUGCAGAUUCCCCAGAUCUGGAGUUUAGUUAUGAUGAUUCAGACACCCAUGUCAAUGAAAUUGCAGAGCUGUACAGCUAUACUGAACAAUCAGAGCUUCAACUCAAUGUUAAAGCUUUUGAAGACCAAAUGGAAACAUAUGACUUGCCACCAAGUUGGCAGAAACUUGCUACUACAGAAAGGACUUCGGUAGUAAUGAAACUACUAGACCAGCUUGAAGUUAGCAGUAAGCCAUUGAGAAUGAGGAGUGCUAGAUGCUUGUUGUAUAUAGCACAGGGCUGCUGGGCAGAAAUGCAAUCAGAUGCUGAACAACAACAAUGGGCAAGGACUAAUUCCAUGUUGCUUUAUCAGUUAGGAGUGUUUAAUGCCUUCACUGACCUCCUUAAUAUUGAAUUUGAGAAUAGUACUGCAGCUCAUGUUGCAAUGAGAAAAAUAGCUAUCUCUCUAGCUGAUUCCCAAGAUUUGCGCGUGAUACUCUCUGUUCUUUAUACAAUAACAGAAGUUAUAAGAAAUGAAAAGGACUGUGAGUCAACUGAAUAUGAACAAGAAGUGACAUCUUUCUGUUAUGAAAUAGCUUUCUCUUCUGCUGAUGAUUUGCUGCCGGUCAAACUUUUGAGUAUGGUGACAAGAUUCUGCAGUGGAUCUGCCCCUCACUUUCCAAUGAAGAAAGUCCUGCUGUUACUGUGGAAGUUGAUAUUGGUGUCACUAGGUGGCAUGCCAAAGUUGAGAGACAUGAAGAUUGAAAAAAGGGCAAGGAAUGGACUUGAAUCACAAGGUGAGGACACCAUGGAAAUAGCUAAGACAAUGAGGUCUUCUUCACCUCCAGCUAGUGCUUCUGAUCUACUUGAAGCACAAAAUCAGAAAAGAAAUACAAGGCCAUUCAGAAGGAGUCUGAUGAAGCAAAGCAGUCUCGACGACCAAGACACCAUGGGAAUGGAAAUGGACGCUAACAUGGCCGACAAUGGCGACGACAACGAGCUGUCCGAGUACGACGAGCGCCGGCCCGCGAACGAGGCGGAUUUCAGGAACAACCACGACAUGUACAGGCCCGUGUCGCCCAACGUCCAGAACGCUCUGAUGCUGCCCAGAGGGCUUCCUUGGAAGCCGAAGGUUCGGCAGAAGGAUAUCGACGCGUUCCUGGAUGGGGCCAGGAUGAAAUUCCUUGGAUACAGUUUGCCGGGAGAUAGGUCGACCUUGUUCGGAUUGCCUGAGCCUAUUCAUGAGGGUGUUAGGAUUUUGAAAGAGCACAUAUACACAUCCCUGACGGAAAUGCAGAUCCAGAAGGAAGAGGAAAUAGCUAGGAAUCCGAUUUCAACUAGUGAAGGCGAAAUUGAAAUGACCGCAACAGAAAUACUCUAUCAAGCUAUGUUGCCUAAUUUACCCCAAUACAUGAUAGCUCUGUUGAAGAUAUUAUUGGCGGCCGCCCCUACUUCCAAAGCGAAAACCGACUCUAUCAACAUCAUGGCUGAUGUUCUACCAGAGGAAAUGCCUAUGACUGUUCUGCAAUCGAUGAAGUUAGGGAUCGACGUGAACCGACACAAGGAGAUAAUUGUCAAGUCGGUGUCUGCCAUUCUGCUACUUCUACUGAAACACUUCAAGCUGAAUCACGUUUAUCAGUUUGAGUUCAUGUCUCAACAUUUGGUUUUUGCUAACUGUAUACCGCUGGUGCUGAAAUUCUUCAAUCAGAACAUCAUGGCCUAUGUUGGAGCUAAAAAUGCGAUACCAAUUCUUGACUUCCCUUCUUGUGUUAUUGGCGACCAACCGGAGUUGACCUCAGAGAGUUUGGAAAUCGGAGAUUCAGCGGCAUUCUCUUGGAGAAACAUGUUUUCUUGUAUAAACUUGCUCAGGAUAUUGAAUAAACUGACUAAAUGGAAACAUUCCCGCAUCAUGAUGCUAGUCGUUUUCAAAUCGGCCCCAAUCCUGAAGCGUACUUUGAAAGUUCGCCAUGCUAUGACACAACUUUAUGUACUCAAGCUUCUCAAAAUGCAGACCAAAUAUUUGGGCAGGCAGUGGAGAAAAUCCAAUAUGAAGACGAUAAGUGCUAUCUAUCAGAAAGUCAGGCACAGGCUCAAUGAUGAUUGGGCCUUCGGAAAUGAUCUUGAUGCGAGACCGUGGGAUUUUCAAGCGGAGGAAUGUGCUCUCAGAGCUUCCGUGGAUAGAUUCAAUAAUCGUAGAUACACCCAAGUGAAUGAUAGUGAUUUUGAGCCUGUGGACAACUGUCUGAAUAGCGUACUGGGGACUAGCCACGAUCUCUCGGAAAGCUUCAAGAAGCACUAUCAUCUCUGGUUGGAACAGGAAGUAUUCAGCAUUCCAAUAGAUUGGGACAACUUGUUGGAAAGCAUCAAAUGAACCACUGGUAUUCAAUACGAGACGUAUAGAAUACUGGUGAGAUGAUAGAUAAUAUUUUG